GUGUGUGUGGCGGAUCAGCUGAGAGCAGAGAGGAGACAUGAGGAGGGAGCGGCGCCGGAGGGUGCUGGUGCUGUGCGGGGUGCUGCUGGUCGUCAUCAUCCUCAUCCUCGGGUGGCAAAAUUCCUUUUCGCUGAGGAUGUGGAAUCAACAACGAGGUCUCCAAGCAGAGAAUGGUCAGUUCAUGCUGGAGGGGGAGCCGCUGAGGAUUAUGGGAGGCUCCAUGCACUAUUUCCGAGUCCCUAAAGAAUACUGGAAGGAUCGCAUGCUGAAGAUGAAGGCUUGUGGGCUCAACGUUCUCACUACAUAUGUUCCCUGGAACCUUCAUGAGCCACAGAGGGGAAAGUUUGACUUCACUGGGAACCUGGAUAUUUGGUCCUUUCUUAAUAUAGCGUCUGACGUGGGAUUAUGGGUAAUUCUUCGCCCAGGGCCCUACAUAUGCUCAGAGUGGGAUCUAGGAGGAUUGCCUAGCUGGCUACUGCGAGACAAGGACAUGCAACUACGUACCACGUAUAAAGGCUUCGCAGAGGCGACUGAAGCAUAUUUUGAUCACCUUAUACCCGCAGUGGCUGGACAUCAAUACACCAAGGGGGGAGUGAUAAUCGCUGUCCAGGUGGAGAAUGAGUAUGGCUCUUAUGCCAAGGAUGCCAACUACAUGGAGUUCAUAAAGACGGCUCUUGUACGGCGCGGAAUUGUGGAAUUGUUAUUGACAUCUGACAACAAAGAUGGAAUCAGCUCAGGCAGUAUUGAAGGAGUUUUGGCGACCAUCAAUUUCCAGAAGACUGAACCCAUCCUCUUCUCAUAUCUGGAAUUCAUCCAGAGUAACAAGCCAGUGUUGGUGAUGGAGUACUGGACGGGGUGGUUUGACUACUGGGGAGGAGACCACAAUGUGUUUGAUGUUGACCAGAUGGUUUCAACCGUAUCCGAUGUACUAACAAAAGGCGCCUCCAUUAACCUGUAUAUGUUUCAUGGCGGCACUAACUUCGGAUUCAUGGCCGGCGCGCUUCACUUUCAUGAGUAUCGUUCAGAUGUCACCAGUUAUGAUUAUGAUGCUCCGCUGACUGAGGCCGGGGAUUACACAUCCAAAUAUUUCAAACUGCGAGAACUAUUCAGCAAACAUCAUGUGGAGCCGCUUCUACCUGCACCUUCCCUGCUGCCAAAAGGAGCUUAUACCGUAAAGCUGAAACGCAGCCUGUCGCUGUGGGAGGUCCUGCAUCUGACAGGAGAGCCAUUCAAGUCAGAGGUUCCAGUAAACAUGGAGAACUUGCCGGUGAACGAUGGAAACGGCCAGUCUUACGGCUACACUUUAUAUGAGACGGUGAUAUACGGAGGAGGAAAGUUCCAGACCAAAGGACACGUCAGGGACCGAGCACAGGUCUUCGUGAGCACUCAGUCAGUAGGAUUCAUUGACUAUAAGAACCAGGACCUGGACAUUGCAGAGGUUCCAGGUUAUAGAAAGCUUCGAAUAUUAGUAGAAAACUGUGGACGAGUUAACUAUGGGACCAGAAUAAAUGAUCAGCGUAAAGGUCUAGUCGGUGAUGUGUUUCUCAGGGACGUUCCUCUGCGGAAUUUUAAGAUCUACAGUCUGGACAUGAACUCGACUUUUGUAAGCGGUCUGAACAGUGUCCGUUGGUCAGAUGUGAGUGAGGAGGAGAGGAUAGGCCCGGCGUUCUUCCAAGGGGCUUUAGAAAUCGGUUACUCUCCACUGGACACUUACCUGUGCAUGAAGGGCUGGAAGAAGGGUGUGGUGUUUGUGAAUGGAAAGAACCUGGGUCGCUACUGGAAUAUUGGACCUCAAGAGACCCUUUAUUUACCCGGAACCUGGCUCUGGCGAGGACUAAAUGAGAUCACGAUCUUUGAAGAAGAAUUUGCUGGAAGCUCGCUGUACUCUGUCGACAUUCCCCUUCUUGGGAGGACUCAGUAUGUGGACUAGCCAGAUGUGAAGAGAGGGCAGCUGAACGUGUAGAACAGCCAAGCACAACCCAAAUCAGCAUCGUCCUGGCUCUAGGAGGUUAGAAGUAUACAGGUUGCAAUCUUACGGGUCUUUCCUGGCACAAGCGUUGGUCUUCAUCAGAAAAAAAGGCAUUUUCAAGUUCUUCCAAUGUGUCCAUAUACCUGCUUUCUUUUCUAUACAAUUAUUCCACACUGACUCUCCAAUUUCUAAUAGAACUUAAUAACAAGGUAUUUGGAAUAUAGACUUCUCAGCUACACAAUCCUUCCCAAAAUGGCACAGCGCAAAUCCUUCCAGGGGCUUCUCUUCAUGAAGCUCCAAAUACUUGUAAAUGAAUGUAGAAUGUAAACUCAGGUGCUCACAGACUAUUUAUGUGUAUAAUAAUAUUGUUUUUAAUGUAUUUUUUAAAAUGUAAAGGUAGAUAAUAUUGAUUUUAAUUAUAAAUGCUACAUUGAUGGUCUUCCUUUUUGCAAAUUUUCUAUAAAACAAAAAUGUAAUUCAAUAAACUGUUCUUUUAUUUA